UUUGUCGGAUUAGGUAAAACGACAAUCACUUCGCCUCCAUUUGUCUUCCUUGUGCAGAGGCAACAACAGAAAGGUUUCGAAUUAAACAUAAAACCAGACACCCGAAAUCGUUCCUUUAUUGCUUUUUACAAUUUGAAGAAGAAAUUUUAGAAAUGAAAGUUAAACCUUUUCUAUUGUAGAGUUUGUUUUGCCAUUUUUGCCCAAACAACAAUGGCAGCAAUUCGUCCAUCUGUUCUGUUGAAAGAGUCGUCAGUAACUGUAUCUAUUGCAGAUAAUUGCUUUAUAGGGGAUGGCAAUACCAAAAUUUAUAAAUUUCCUAAUCAACAUGCAAAAUUUAAGGAUAACCAUUUGAGAUUGAGAUUGGAGGCAUCCAGGGAGUCUAUAAUGAUGACCCAAAAACAAGAAAACCACAAACCCAAUGUAGAAAAACUGGAUCAUGGGCAAGAUCAAUUUUGUAAAAUGAAAGAAAGGUUUUUGACAUUCAAAAAGGAAAAAUACUUGAAAUACAUAGACCAUUAUAGUAGCCUUGCCAAUGCCCAAGCACCUAAGUUCAUGGUGAUUGCAUGUGCCGACUCUAGGGUAUGCCCUUCUUAUAUUCUUGGGUUUCAACCUGGAGAUGCGUUUAUGAUACGGAAUGUGGGCAAUCUGGUGCCUCCUUUUAAGAACGGACCAACAGAAACUAAUGCUGCUCUAGAAUUUUCUGUUAAUACUCUUGAGGUUGAGAACAUAAUGGUCAUUGGACACAGCUGUUGUGGCGGCAUUCAGGCGCUAAUGAGCAUGGAAGAGGAAGUGAGCUCAAGUAGCUUCAUAAAGAGUUGGGUUAUUAAUGCAAAAGAUGCAAGGUUAAGCACAAAAACAGUUGCUGCAAAUCUCAGCUUUGACCAGCAAUGCAAAUACUGCGAGAAGGAAUCUAUCAGUAGGUCGUUGCUGAACUUAAUUAGUUACCCAUGGAUAGAAGAAAGAAUCGGAAAAGGAGUACUCUCGAUUCAUGGUGGCUAUUAUGACUUCGUCAACUGCACAUUUGAAAAAUGGACUUUAGAUUACAACUCCACCAGUCCCAAAAGCAAAGGCUACAAUCACACCAUAAAAAAUCGAGAAUUCUGGUCCUGAGUUUCAAUCUCGCUGUUUACUUCCAGGCUUCCAGUGGUAUGGUGUUGAUUCAUUACAGCAGCUGCAUUUCAUUAAAGACGCUGUUCUUUACUUAAUCUAUGGUAGCUGGUGGGAUUCAUCAAACUAUGCUGUAGAGGCUGCCUUUUCGAGCACCAUCUAAUCGAGGUUCAGGUUUGAUUUACUUCAUGAGUCCAGUCUAAGUUAAUUUAUUUCUUUGUGUCAAGGAAAGAAUAAUAUGUCAUGUUGUUGUAUUUGUAAUGUUGGUAGUUCUUAGGCAUUCUUUGUAUCCAAGUUAUAUGUAUCGAGUUUCAUAUGUUGUAGGACGCUUCAGGAUGAGUUUAAUAUAGGAUACUUUAUUUUUAGUUUCCA